GACAAAUGACAGUACUACAAACCGCCGCCAACCAGCAACUAUCACUAUCAUUUCCUAGAGACCAACAAUGGCUGAACAACAUAAGAUGAACAAAUCACCACAUGUUCUACUCUUCCCCUAUCCUUCACAAGGCCACAUAAACCCUAUUAUCCAAUUUGGCAAACGCUUACUCUCAAAAGGUGUCAAAACAACACUAGUUACAACCAUCUACAUCUUAAACACAAAGCUCUCCCAUAAAGAAAACACUACCUCCAUUAAAAUUAAAGCCAUUUCUGAUGGUUUUGACGAAGGCGGUAGCGCGAGUGCUGAAAGCUCCGAAACCUACCUCAAAACGUUCAAAGAAGUUGGGUCCAAAUCACUAGCUGAUCUUAUCAAGAAGCUUCAAAGUGAGGGGAACACAGUUGAUGCAAUCAUCUAUGAUUCCUUCAUGACAUGGGCUUUGGAUGUGGCCAUGGAGUUUGGAAUUGAUGGCGGGUCAUUUUUAACUCAAGCUUGUAGUGUAAACAGCAUAUAUUAUCAUGUUUAUAAGGGUUUGAUUUCUUUGCCAUUGGGUGCACCUGUUACGGUUCCUGGGUUGCCACUGCUUGAAAGCUGGGAGACACCAUCUUUUGUACACAAUUAUGGACCAUACCCUGGUUGGUCUGAGAUUGUGUUCAAUCAGUUCGCUAAUAUUGAUCAAGCACGUUGGGUGUUCACAAAUAGUUUCUACCAACUUGAGGACAAGGUGAUAGAGUGGAUGAGAAAGAUGUGGAAUUUGAAGGUAAUCGGGCCAACACUUCCAUCAAUGUAUCUUGACAAACGACUUCAUGAUGAUAAAGAUUAUGGGUUCAAUCUCUUCAAAGUGAACCAUAACAAAUGCAUGAAUUGGCUAAAUGAAAAGCCAAAGAGAUCAGUUGUUUACAUUUCAUUCGGUAGUAACGCAAAACUUCAACACGAACAAAUGGAAGAAAUUGCUCAGGGAUUGAGCGAUAGCCAUGUUAAUUUCUUGUGGGUUGUUAGGGUUGAAGAAGAGAGUAAACUACCAAAAGAUUUUAUGGACGUAACAGAAAAUGGAAAGGGUUUGGUUGUGGCAUGGUGUAGACAAUUGGAUGUGCUAGCCCAUGAAUCAGUAGGAUGCUUUGUUACACAUUGUGGGUUUAACUCAACUCUUGAAGCAAUAAGUCUUGGAGUCCCAGUCGUUGGAAUGCCUCAAUGGACAGAUCAAACUACAAAUGCCAAGUUGCUAGAUGAAACUUGGGGUGUUGGAGUGAGAGUUAAGGCUGAUGAAAACGGGAUAGUGAGAAGAGGAAAUCUGGUGUCGUGUAUAAAGAAGAUUAUGGAGGAGGAGAAAGGAGUCUUAGCCCGAAUGAAUGCGGUAAAAUGGAGAGAAUUGGCUAAAGCAGCCGUUGAUGAAGGUGGGAGCUCUGAUAAGGAUAUUCACGAAUUUGUAAAUGACCUAAAGCAUGAAUGAUUUACCAUCAUGCACAGGGUGCAAAAUUAUUUUUUUUGAAUGAUAUAUGAAAAUUUUUUUUUUUGCAA